CAGUUUUUAAAAAUUAUUUGGAGUUUAUUUGAAAGUUUCUCUGCUGAAAUAAAACAUUGGAUUCUAUGUCAAUAGUGCCCUCUAGAGGUUUUCCCCACACUUCUCUUCUGGGUGGGUUCAUGAGUCUGUGUGCAGGAACAACAGUUCCGGCUCCCGCCUGCAGGGGGCGACCUGAGUCCUCGUCGGCAGGUGUCUCCUCGUUUCCUCUCCUCUCGUCUCUUACCGGGUUUCCAGCAACGCUGCAGACCGAGCCCUCUCCGUGUCAGCUCAAUCUGGCCGUCUUCCUCCCUCAUCAUCCUCACUGUCGAGCUCUUCUGCGGGGGAUUAUCCGGAUCUGAGCGGAUAACAAGGACAGAUUACAUGAAGGUGUUUGGGGCUCUACUGGGAAAACAUGUGACAGCGGGCCUUUGUUGUGCCACAAACACUCUUUAAUGGGUAGGCUGGUUUUUCAGACCUGACAGCAUGCAGGAGUGAUUUUUUUUUUAAAACCCGCCUCAGGGUACCGUAAACACAGAUCUUUUCCCACCAUGUGCGAGCGAGGAAAGCCGUUUGCCAAUGGGGAAUUACAAAAUAACAACCAGCGGGGUGCCAUGCCGGCUGCCGGAGAUGCAAACGCCAAUGAGAUCCAGGCAGAAGAUGGGAGAGGAACAGGAGACGGUGGCUCUCUGCUGGGGCUGAUGGCAGAUACAUCAGAGCGGGAUAAAGUCAUCAUUUGGGGCACAGAUUCUCAGUGUGAUGACCCCGAGCUGGCUGAGUUUGAGAUGCUAGAGUGUCAGGAGCUGGAGGCUUAUCUGGUUGAGGAGGAGGACUUUGUUGGACUUACAGAGCGGAAGGAGCUUCAAGAGCGGCCCUCAUCAGGGGACAACGCCUCAGUCAAGCCGACAGGUGACAACCCAAGCCAGAAAGAGAUAAAUGCACAUGUAGAUGUCACCCACCAGCAGAAAUCGAGCACAGAUGAGAUCAGAGAGGUGUCCCGGACAGACUUGAGCUCUGAAAACGAAGCGUUUGUGACUUGCUUAUCCUCUAUUUCAAGCAUCGCCACGGGUACGCAGAUGACUGAGUCCUGGCACGUCGCCUCUGGUUCUCACUCGGCCGCAUCCGAGGACGUGGCGUCUCAAACGUGUGGCACGGUCUCUGAAGGCUCUCUAAGACCUGAUCCCUCUGUAUUUGCAGGAAAAAGCACAAAAAAGCAGAGAGACUUUGACAUGAAUUUGAACUGUCACUCAGAGGAUGUCCAAUCGCAGACAGAGGUGACGGACACACUGAAGGAUGUAAGUGACGAGCACAAAGGCAGGGAGGAAACGGGAGACAUGGUGUCAGGAGUUGGUGAUUGUAUUCAGCCAGACACUUCAUCCUUUGCAAAAGAGUCCAAAGAGAAAAGACGCAACACUAAAAAUGAUAAAAGCACCCAAGCUGAUGAAACUCCUCAACUGAUCAAAGCAGUCAAAACAAGCACCCCGUCAUCAGCUGAAAGCAAAACCUUAAAAAAACAAGGCUCAUUUGAUAACUCGCUGAGAAAGCAGAGCUCCUUUGACAAGAGUUUCAAAAAGCAGCCUUCUUUUGAGAAUACUUUACUGAAAAAACAGCUCUCCUUUGAAAGCUCCCUAAAAAAACAGGGCUCCUCUGAAAAAACCAGCACCUCCAACUCAUCAAGCCUGGAGAGGAGGAAGCCGUGGGGAAGCCCAAGUCGACCAGCGGCUCCUGGAUCUCCGAAAGCCGCAUCCUGCUCUCCCAGGAGAAGACCGUCUGGUUCUCCAGCCAAAGUCCAGAGUAGCAGGGCUGUGAGUUUGGAGCGCAGUGACUCCUCUCACAAAAAUGCAGUCCCUCCAUUAAAGACAAGUGUGAGCUGCAGCGGGAUUCCCAAACCUGUGUCGUCUCAGCAGAAAGAAAAGGAGCCAAGGAGGUCUUCGCCACCCGAGAGGCCCAAAAAUGUUCGACCAAAAAUCAUCACUUACGUCCGAAAAAAUACACAUCCAAAACCACAGGAUGUUGCCCUGCAUGAAGCCUCUACGAACCCUCCAAGAUUACCCUCUUACCCUGGCCAUGCUGCUCAGAAUGACUCAAAGGCUUUUCCCCAGUCCAGAUCCACACCUGUGCUUUCUUCCUCCAACCUGCUGUUCGACAAAUACCGACAGGAGAUGCAGAAAGCUGGACACGCCGGUGUGAGCGCCGUCAAACCGCCAAGCAGCACCGUUCCAAUGAGGCCGGGCGGGAAGUCUGCGAGCUUUCACGGUGAGAUGUCCAGGAAAUAUCUCCAUGAGUAUGUUCCCCAAGAGGGUGGAGUUUUACACCGCUCACCUAGAACUUUAAGGCCUCAGCUUGGGUUGGGGGCAGUCACCAGGCAAACUAUGGCCAACACUCGGCUUCAGCAGAUCGGUCAAAAGUCAGCUGUUGCCCUGUGCCAGUCUACCCCGGACUCCAAGGUCCUGCCCCUGGGAAACCAUGAUCUUCCAGGACAACAGAAGGGCUGCGGUCCAGAAACCACCCCUAAAAGCCUCCUGCUUAAAUCAGGCCAGUCCGGCCUUCGUCCUCCAGGCUUCUCUGCCCUGCCAGCUUCCCGUCUGGCUGCUUUCGGCUUCAUCCAGAGCUCCAGCAUCUCGUCCGUCAAUAGUAACCAGUCCAGUGACAGCAGCCAGGGUGACCCCUGCCGAAGCACUCAGCAUGCCAGCUGUGGAGGCGAUGGCACACCUCCGCAGAAAGCUGCAGCUCUUCAAAGCAAGGCAGCCAUCGCUACGAGCAGACCUCACCCUCCCGAUGCUCCGAACCUGCAGCGCCGCAGUCUGCCAACACAGCCCCCCUCCCCAUUCGCUUCAAGAAAAGAGUUCCAGAAAGACACAGAGAGCGCCCCAUCGCCAAAAUCUUCACCUAAAAGAUUUGGAGUUGCUUCUCCUAAGCAGCAGUCUCCUGCCCGAGGGCAGACAGUGGUCCCUGGGGCUGUACGGGCCGUGAGGGCCCAGCAGCUGGACCGGGCUCUGAUCCAGCAGCUGCAGGAGCGAUGUGAGCAGCAAGCCCUGCAGCUGCAGAGUCUUCAGGCUCAGUUAAAGAAGGCCUCCCUGUGCCUCGAUGUUUUCAGCAUUACCACACAGCAUUUUUGUCUCAAGAGUGAGAGUGCCAUUGUGAGGGAGAGGGAGCUGUCCCUGGAGCUCGCCAAAAUCAGGGAUGAAGUUGCUUUCAACGUUGUACGCUGGGAGCAGCUGCAGCAGGAGAAGGAGGACCUGGAGCGUCGUUUUGAGGAAGACCUGCAGGGAUUACGGACGCAGCAGCAGAGGGAGCUGGGAGCGUUGGAGAAGCGUCUGAAGGCUGUGCAUCUGGACGAGACGGAGAAGCUGCAGGCCCAACAGCGAGCGGAGCUGGGGGAGCUGCAGUUCAGACAGCAGGAGCAGCUUGAGGAGAUGACUGAGAGCCAUGAAGCCUCCUUGAUGGAGAUGGAGACGACCCACAAUGACACCAUGGCCACGCUGCAAGAGGAGCAUGCCAGGACUGUCAGGAAUCUAAAGAUGGCUCAUGAACAACAAAAUAAGUCAUUGGAAGAGGAAUUUAAAAAGAUCAGACUUUCACUACAGGAUCAGGUGGACACACUGACCUUCCAGAACAGAAGCCUCAGAGACAGAGCAAAGCGAUUUGAAGAAGCUCUUCGCAAAAGUACGGAUGAGCAGAUUGUGGAUGCUUUGGCUCCGUAUAAACACAUUGAGGAGGACCUGAAGAGCCUGAAAGAAGUUCUGGAAAUGAAAAAUCAACAAAUCCAUCAACAAGAACUGAAGAUUGCAGAACUGGAGAAAAUACAGGCUGAAAAGAAUGUUUACCUGGAGGAGAAGCUGCAAGUGUUGCAGCAGCAGAAUGAAGACCUCAAAGAGCGAAUAGACAUGAACGUUGCCGUGUCCAGACAACUCUCUAAGGAGAAUGCCAACCUGCAGGUGAACGUGGAAAAGGAGAGCAACGAGAAGAAGAGGCUGAGUCGCACCAAUGAAGAGCUACUGUGGCGCCUCCAGACGGGCGAGCUGAGCCCCCGCAUGUCCCCAAGCGCCUCCCCCAUCCACCGGCCCUCCUCUGGACCCGGCUCCCCGGCCCGUCCACACUCCUACCAUCAAUGACAUUCUCGAUGGCAGCUCCUCUUCGAUCAGAGAACAAGCCCUCAAUGUUUAGAACAUUGCUCUCAUCCAUUUUAGGCUCAAAGCAGCAAGGAAAUGUUAGCUUUUAGACAUUUUUAUCCCAGACAAGAUGAAUUGUACUGACAGCUAGAUAAUUUAAUCACUAUUUUGAAUGAACGCCUUCAAAAACAGACCGAUCGGUAGAUUGAACUCCGUCACCGCGUCUCAUUUCCAUGUUCAUCUGACCUUCCUGUGCUCAGGGUGAAGGGCGAACAAGACAAAAAAACCACAGGAAACGCCUUCUGCCGUUCAUUCUCUGCCACCAGCAGUGUCUGCCAUGAUACAGGCAAUACUUGAGGAAACCUCUCAAAAUUACUCUCAAAGCGCACAUUUGUUUUCAUGAGCAUGUUGAUCUUUCCAUUCUGUCGGAUCAGUCCAGUCAGCCAUCCCACGUUCUUCUAAAAGUGCACCCUUUUAACAGAAACACUGACGAAAAUGUGUAAAGUUGGCUUUAUUUGAAAACACAAACGUCUUCCAAAUCACAUUAGCUUUAUUUUCACCUUUUUUCUGUACAAUGUUGAACAAUAAGAAGGCAGAGAGGCCUUAAAGCUGAACAAAUUUUUGAUCCUCACCCCUCAGUCACAACAAAAAAUGUACCAACCUUUAUAAGUUGCAAAGCAAAUGGCAACAAAAUUGCAAUCAUUCAACCGAGCUUUGGCGUCUGCGGGGGUUAUUUGCUGUGGACAUCAGACCUAAAUGCUGCAGACGAUACUAAAUGUACACCCAGUUUUAUUCAGCUAUCUGAAUUCAACGGACAAAUCUUUUUUGCAAAACAAUGUGCACAUUUUCAUCUCAUGGACUGCAAGCAUGCAAAUUGGGCUGCAGCGUCACCUCAUAUUUUCUUUCACUGCAACGGCUAAUCUCAGGACUGGAGAAGCAUUUCAAGUCAUCAAAGGGAAGAAACUGCCAUAUCUUUGGUUUUUAGAUUUGCUGUCUUUUUGUCAUGUUUACAGCAACAAUCAUUUCAAAAAGUGGGUUUAGCAAAAUGUUCGUCUUGCAAAAAGUCGCAAUCCAACUGUAAGACCAGACCUUUCAAUGAGGUUAGUGUUUGAACAGAUGAUUGCUCUUUUUUCUACAAUUCUUGAAUGAGUUGUGUGGAACGGGAGUUGCUUAUCGCUGGAUUUGCUGCAGGAAUUAGAUUAAUGUGGGUCAGGCGAAGGGUUGAGAAGGAACGUCCCUUCAAUCAGGUUCUUUGAAAGCACUGAUUACCUCUGUGUCCCAUGGACAUGUUCCCAUUGGCUGAAUGUUUGCUCAACACUACAUAAGUGCUUUUGUUUACAGCUUCAGUCCAAUGUAACAUGGAUGUCUCUGCUUUUGUUUGUUUACAGGACGUCUGUCCGUAAGAUUGUAUUUAACGUUUGAAAGAUUCCUUUCUUUGAUUGAGUUUCUUUGAUCGCAUGUCUUUCAGAGCUGGUUGAGUGUUACUUUCGUACAUUCCACUGUUAUUUAUUAGCCCGCUUGCAGAACCUAAACCAUAGCCAAAUAUGUUGAUAUUAUUGUGUCAAUGAUGAAAGUACAUACUGUCUAUGUUGCAUUUUGUAUUUCAGUUUAAAAAAAGAAAAAUCCUAGUACACUCAUAAAAUCACGAAGUGAACAUUU